AUGAAGCCGCGACGACAGAACAGCGUGCCAGCGCAAGGCAGCCCGCACCACCUCGGCCACACGCGCAACAAAUCCAACAACCGCGCAACGUCCGUCAAACCCGGCCCGGGCUCCUUCACGCUCUCCCCCUCCCCCGCGCCAGCCCAGGCCACGGGCGCAGCGGCGAUGGCCCCCGAGCUGAAAUACGCGCAGAAUCUGAAAGUGCUCAAACGCGCUGAUCCGUCGAUCGAGAGUAUCGUGGAUCAGUUCUCGCAUGUUUGUAUCUACCAGUACGAUCUCGCCAUGAACAAGUGGGACAAACGUGGAUUCGAGGGCAGUUUCUUUAUCUUUGAACGACGCGCGUACCCGCCAUACGGGUUCUUCAUCCUGAACCGGAUGGGAAUGGAAGACUACGUGCAAUACAUGUACCCCGAAGACACCCUCAAACCGGACAACUCCCUCCUCUUAUACCGCAACUUCAAAGACUUCACAACCGAGCGCCUCUCCCGCGCACGUUCCCUCCCCCCACACGAGCUCAACCUCCCAAUGGAAACAUACACCAACUGGGCCGGCCGCGAGCCUGCACCCGACGACCCGCAGACGAGCUGGAAGUUGUUACCCGAACCGGAGCGUGAAGAGGGCGAGACGACUGGACUGUGGAUGCAUCCCGAGGAGGCGGGCGAUAGACCGGAUCUCAAGGCCGUCGUGACGUCUCUACACGAGUACAUAUGUAAAGGCGAACGCUACCCGCUACACCUACGCACGACACCGCCAGCCUACGCGCCCGCCUUCCCGAAACUCACGAUCCACGACCUUUUCGCAUCCGCGUCCGCAUCAUCAACACCCGCACCCGUUUCCCUACCCGCACCGCAACAACCCACCAAAGCCGAACAACCAGAAAAACGCGGUCUAUCCCUCCUAGACUCCAUCUUCGCAUCCGCCACGCCUGCUCCUCAGUCCCAAACCCCAGCGCCAGCGCCAGCGCCGAGCACAGGCCACGCACUGCUGGACUCGAUAUUCGCAUCGGCUUCUCCCGCGCCAGCACCUGUGACAGCGCCGAUCCAUUCUUCGUCCUCCGCGCACGAGAUCCACAGUCCGAAACCGGCAGUCGCGGCGCUCCCGCAGAUUCUAACGCAGGACGUCAUACACCAGCUUCUCGGCGCGCCUCCUCCCACAUCCGACCUCGUACCCACCUCAACAUCUACACUCCCAAGCGCUGGGCUCGGUCUUCCGCCAGGUCUUCUUCCAUCCAACGCGGUAUCCGCGCCUAUAGAGCACUCGCGCGAAGCAGCGACAGAAUCAGGCGCGGGAAGCACGAACGCAGCGGACGAGCUGAAGAGGAUGUUACAGCUCCCUACAUCAUCUGGAGGUGCAGGAGCGGGCGCUCAACAGUCCAUAUCUGGAGAUCGGACGCCUAGAGCUCAAGAAGCGCCCAGGGCGGCGCCUAUCGGUGCGCGCGCUAUGCCGCCGCCGUCGCCGCGUGUGCGGCCUGUGAGCGUUGUACCGGCGCUGGCGGAUGGUCUUGCCAAGAACGGUGUGGCUGGAGGAGGAGGGGUGUCGGUGUUGAAGGAUGUGUUGACGGCAAAUGACGGUGGUGUGGGGAGUAGGGCGGGCACACCGAGGAGAUUGGUGCCGUUCCAUGAUAAUAGUACGGCGUGGCCGUACCCGCGCGCACCGCUCGACGAUCGGGACAGCGACGAAGAUACGGGCGUCAUCGAGCUCGAUUUCAGCGAGACGGCUCUCUUAUCCACACCCGACGCUUUACCCUCCUCACACCAUCAUCACCAUGCACACGCACGCGGUCCCAGUCUAGACGGCACGAUCGGAAGUGGAGAGGGUGGAGAGGGCAAGAAGAAGAAAAGUCGACGGGCGUUGAAGAGGGAAAAGGAGAGGGCUGAGAGAGCCGCGAUCGAAGGGGGCUGGGACGCCCCGCCCGCUGUGGCCGAUCCGAGCAGUACGGUGCCGGUCGACGCUGAUAAGCCGCUCGACCUCAACGCGCUGGGUCCGGAUUCGCCUGUUUCGACUUCGAGUCGGGCGUCGAAGAGGGGUGCUGGUGUUGUGAACGGGCUUCAUCAGAAGGGGAAGGGCUCCGUGAAUGGCGUUCAUGCGCAGGGACAGCCUGGGGUGUUGAACUUGAAUGGCGCUGGGGGAGGGACGAAGAUCGAUAUGCAAACGUUGUUUGCGAGUGUACCGUCUACGCCUGCGGUACCCGUACCGGCUGUCCCGGUCAAUGAGAUUGGAAGGUGGGCGGCGGGUGUUAUGCCUGCUGGAUUGAGUCGGGAUGCGUUUAUCGGGGAGGUUGCGAGGCGCGUGCUGGCCGAUGGUGCUGUUGUUGAUAGUAUGUAUGCGCUGUACCGACGUGGCCAGUGA